GAUGGCUACUUCCGAAAGCUUAGGGAACAGUGCUGCUAUUUCAAAAGCGGAUUACUUGAAACGCUACUUAUCAAACGACGGAGAUGUCCAAAAGUCAAAAGAAAAGAAACUUAGGAAAAAACGCAUUAAGGCCACUGGGAGAGGGAUGAAGAUUGUUGAUGAUGACCUUGACUGGAGGCAACUGGCUGUAAAUGAAGAGAAGGAGAACAAGGAUGAAGAUGACGAGGAAGCGCCUGUGGUUGCAGAGGUGAUAGAUGAACGUCCAGAUGAAAUCAAGCAGUUAGAAGCAUUUCGAACUAGUAGCAAGUGGAAAGUAAUGGGAGAUUAUGAUGUUGAAUACGAAGAGUCCUAUUUUUCGCAAUCAUUGAAAAGCUCAGAAGUCAAGGGCAAUAGAAGGGGCCAACGUGGUUCUCUUGAGAAUUCUCCAGUGCGAAGAGCACGCCAUGACUCCCCUGAUCUUUCACCACAAAGGAGAGUUUGUCACAAGUCUCCAGAUAUUUCAGCCCCAAGAGACAAACCAGAUCCAAAGCACAGGCGACAUGACUCAUCAUCUCCUUCUCCUCCACGAACGAGUGCAAAUAGCUUCCCUUCCAAAACAGAAAGGCAUCUUAGAGAUUCUUCUGAGAGAGAGAAAUACAAGUCCUCUUCAGGUGGCCAAGUUCCAGACCCAGACCUCUCGCCACCCCGGAGGUGUGUCAGGCGGGGCUCAGACUCUGAUCUGUCCCCACCCAGGAAAAGAGCUCAGGGGGGCAGAGGGUCUGAUUCAGACCUGUCACCUCCCAGGAAGAAACGGCAGGGUGGCCAUGGAUCAGACUCUGACCUCUCCCCACCUCGCAGGGCAUGCACUGUUGCAGCACAGGCAGGCCCUUGUAUGUUAUCUGGUGGGGCUGCUGGCCUGGUGUCUGUGGAAACAUUGAGGAAAGAGCAGGAGGAAAUCCGCAGAAAAGAAAAACACAACCAGCCCCUGGAAGAGGCAUCCCGUCAUGCGGAGACUGUGUUCAGAGAUAAGACUGGAAAGAAACGUGACUUGGAGUCCGAGCGCGCAGAGCAGAGCAGGAAAGCUGGAGAGAAGGCUGAGAAGGAUGAGAAAUAUGCUCAGUGGGGUAAAGGACUGGCCCAGAGUCAGAUGCAGCAGCAGAACGUGGUUGAUGCAGUGCGGGAGGCUCAGAAGCCCUUGGCACGACACAUUGAUGAUGAGGACCUGGACCGGAUGCUAAGAGAGCAGGAGAGGGAUGGAGACCCCAUGGCUGCUCUACUGCGCAAAAAGAAGGAAAAGAGCUCUAAAACUAAAGAGGUCAAAGAGAGACCUCGUUACAGGGGUCCACCUCCACCCCCAAACCGUUUUAACAUCAUGCCUGGAUACCGCUGGGAUGGAGUGGACAGGUCCAAUGGGUUCGAACAGAAGCGCUACAGCCGGAUGGCUGAUAAGAAAGCUGUGCAGGAGGAAGCAUACAAGUGGAGUGUGGAAGACAUGUAGACGUGCAUUGAGACCCAAUGGAAUGUGGAAGACGUAAAUGUGCAUUGAGACCCCAAAGGACAUUCCUACAUACUGUUUUACUUCGGUUCACCAGCAUGGCCCCCACUGUCUUAAAGGCAUUUGAACGGACCAGUUGAUGAAAAUGUCCCUUUUUGUUAUUAUCAUCUGGAUAACACAUAACAGAAAAUAGAUUUUGUGAGUUUUAAGGAGUUCAGUGCUUGUAUAUGAGUGUCAAAUUUACCUUAGGAGAGUUAUUAAAUGUUAUGU